AUGUCUCUUGAAACCCUCCCGAUCAAACUCAUCGAAUCCAUUGCCGACAAUGUUGACUCUGGCGCUGACCUAAGUGCCCUCAGCCGCACAAGCCGUCUCCUGUAUCAGAUUCUCGAUCGGCGUCUCUACACGCUUGAUGUGAGAGGGGGCAGCGACAAAGCGCUCUUUUUUAGCAUCGGUAAAGGAUGCUGCUCAGUCUUGGAAAAGACAAUACAGGGCGGAGCCGAUCUGAACAGUUUAAACGAAUGGCUCCCUGGUGCCCGUUUCACCACAUCACUCGCCUUCGCCGCCGGAACAGGUCAUGUCGAGAUUGUCAAACUGCUUUUGAAACAUGGCGCCCACCCAAACCCGGCCAGGUGGAAAGAAAUACGACAAACACCAUUGAGUGCAGCCGCUGGGAAAGGGGAUUACGCGAUUGCCAAGAUUCUCAUCGAGGCUGGAGCUGAUGUACAUGUCACAUUCGCGGACUAUUACGACCAAGAUGACGACCUUGUACGACUACUCCUCGAGAACGGAGUACUUGACGGCUACCCCCAGGAGUACAGAGGAACAUAUGCACUAGAAAAAGCGACAUUAUACGGAAGCCCUUCUACAGGAAAGCUUCUCCUCCGGGUGGGCGCUGAUCCAGUCUUCAGAGCCUCUGACGGUUAG